CUCCCACAGGUACUUGUACACCAUGGUCUAUUCCCAACUGCACCUUCACAGCCUCAGAUGGCUGUGUCCAUUGAUUUGCUUGCAUUCUACUGUGCACUGUUUGAAUGUUCAUGUAAUGCGAUUAAUGCUCUUGCUUCCACACUAAAAAGUCACUACUCUUGGCGAGGCUUCCACAUGACUGAUACAGAGGUAAGGUUCAAUAGCAUACUCAAAUUACUACUAAAAAGCUUUUGA